CCGUUCAGAUUCAGGUUCAUAUAAAAUUUUGAGUAUCCGUAGCUAUCGAGAUCCCUACUCCCGGCCCGGUGAUCUCGACCCGGCCCGAGUUCGCCGAUCUCCACUUCGCUCUCUGCUUCAUCUCCGCGCUCUCCUCCUCCUCCUCAAAUCGAUCUCUCCACUUCUCCCCCUCCCCCGAACUCGGCCAUGGCGACCGAGAAGAAGGCCACCAUUAACGAGGACGAUGUCUCCCUCCUCCUCCAAAGGUACCCAGCAACAACAAUUCUUACUCUUCUCCAGGAAGUUUCUCAAUUUGCCAGUCCGAAAGUGGAUUGGAAUACACUUGUGAAAAGAACUUCAACUGGUAUUACUAGUGCCUGUGAAUAUCAGAUGAUAUGGAGACAUUUGGCCUACAAGCACAUAUUACAGGAAAAAAUUGAUGAUGGAGCUGAGCUUUUGGAUGAUGAAAGUGAUCUGGAAUUUGAAGUAGAAGCUGUUCCUGUUGCUGAUGAGGAAACAUCAUCUGAGGUGGCAGCUUGUGUCAAGGUUCUAUGUUCUUCGGGCUCUGAACCGGGCCCCAUUAGUACAAAUGCCGAAGCCCCGUUAGCCCAAAACAUACCUGAUCAAAAACAGUCCCUACCAGUUGGAACAACUGCUGAAGAAUUGGAUGGUAAUGGGCCAGCAGCAUCAAGUGGACCCCCCAAGAAGAAGAGGAAACUAUGGACCAAAGAGGAGGAUAUGGAAUUAAUAGCUGCUGUUCAGAAGUGUGGCGAAGGUAAUUGGGCUAGUAUAUUAAAAGGGGAUUUUAAGCAUGACAGAACACCUUCGCAGUUGUCUCAGAGAUGGGGUGUCAUCAAACGCCAGGCAUCUCUAAACCAAAACAACGGGAAUAAAUCUAGCAGUUUAGCUAGCUCUGAGGAAAGAAAGGCUGCACAAAAGGCACUCUCAUUGGCCAUCAAUAUGCCAAUGACGGGAAGCUUGCCAACUUUCUUAUCAGGUGCAACAAAUUUAACCUCUCAAGGUAGUUCCACAAUGUCAGCUACAUUAUCCGAGGCAACACCAUCUUCGACCCCUCACCCACUUAACCAACUCCUGCAGUCUGCAAAGCCAUUGGUGCCUCAGAAAACUCUAAACCCUCUAAUCAAACCCCUAAACACCUCAAAGAAACAAGCAGCCUCUAACACAAAAGCUUCUUCCAUCGGCCCCAAUCCUUUGAUACAAGCGGCAGCCUUUGCUGCGGGGGGCCGGAUCGCCACUCCUUCCACUGCCGCCUCCCUGUUGAAAGCUGCACAAUCAAAGAGCGCCUUUCAUAUUAGGCCCCGAGGAUUAAACCUUUCCAGUUCAGUGGCAACUCUUAAACCGUCUUUAGCAGCUACCAUAAAUAUAAAACAACCUCUAAAUGCUCGGCAUGUCCGGCCUGUUACUGCUCCUUCACCCCCAGUAGUAAAUUCAGGAACCUCAUCGACUUCACUGAAAGAAAAAAACCAAGAAGUGCAGGCACCAGAACAGGCAAUUGAACAAACAGUCAGCACCACAAAGAUUAGCAACUCGCAAGAUAACACCAAGCAGGGUAACGGUAAUGGUCCUGCAUCCAUUAAUGUGGAUGAGUCGUUAACCAAAGAGGUUGGUGAUGCGGAUACAAAGGAUUUGGAUGAGUCAAAAGCAAAUGAUCAACCAACUGUUAGUAAUUCAGUGGUUACAGAAGCAACCGAAGCUGAUGAGAACAAAACUGUUUCAAAUGGUGCUGGCGGAGCUCAAGUUUCAUCAGAGCAUGCCCUUGGACCAUUAACCGAGGCUGCUUGUGAUAGUGGAGGAAUGAAUGAAGGAAAACCAGAGAAUCAAGUAAUGGAUCCAGAACCAAAAAAUGAGGUAUCUGGCGAUAUGGACGCCAAUGCUAAAUCCGCCAUUGGUGACCACGUGGGUGCAUCUAGUGAGAAAACUGAUAUAUGACGAUCCAUAUGUUCUCGAGAUUGCUAAUCAGUCUUGGAUAAUGGCCGAGAAAAGACCACGGCAUUUUUGCAACCGUUGGACCGGUAAAAAUCUUCACCUGGUUAAAGUGAGCUAAUGUGGUUUCAUACCUGCAUGCCCAUGAAUUUACAGCUCAAAUCCACUGUACAUUAGAUUGUAUUUUUGCAUAUCUAACCCUGGAAAUCUUUCCGUAACUGACUGAGCCCCUAAAUCUUUGGUUAUUUACAUGUUAUCCCCGUGAAUAAUCAAAUGAUAUGCAUGUUAGUUUUUCUGUCAAAUUUCCAAAAUAUGAGUUAAAAGUUUUAGCUAUCCACCUCCCUCUUUGAAAUUCUUUCUUCUAUCCCUGCCUCUUCGUGUGAUUGCUAUAUUCGCCAUUUUCAAAACUAUUCCUCGAGAAAAACAGUCUUAUUCUAUUCUAUCCUCUUAAUUUGGAAGAACAAUCACGCCGAAAAGCGAUUCUGCACUUAGUACCAAAAGGAAAUUAGGAUUCUGAGUUUCAUGAAGUUGGAUAUUGAUCGAUGUAAAUUUGAUGUGGCUUCUCAGUUAUCUAAAGGUUUAAUCCUUUUUCCUUUUUUGUUUUUUAA